ACCCUUAAUGAUCUAAAAAUUGCUUUCCUUCUUCCUACUGAUUACCUGGACCAGGUGUUUCAAUCAAUCCAAACAUGGAAUCACUCAUUUCAGCUUCAAUCACCAUCAAGCUAAAACAGGAAUAGUCAGAAAACAAGCAAGGUGGUCAAUCUCAGGAACAAGAAUUGGGCGAGCUUGCUCCGAAAGAUUAUUACAGAGCCAAUCGAGACAGAAACUCGGUGAAAGAUUGUAUCCUACCUGCAGUGAGCAGAUCAGCUUGUUAGUGUUCAGCCACUGGGAAAUGCAGAGCGGGAGAUUGCUGGGCAGUGGAGGUUGGAGCUCCAAUCAGCAGGUUUUUUUGAAGCUGAGGACUUGUGAUUACAGUUGAGACUGUCAAGCAGCCACCUGAGAACAAGAGGCUCAUAAAGAUUAACGACAUACCUCCAGCAGGACUGUAGAUUAAUGACUGCUGGGCACAGAUUGCCGCAGUGUGUGGUCACCAUCUUUACCAAGAAAAAAAAAAAGAUUUCUUCAGUCAUGACUUAGAUUUAAACCUGUUUUUUUUUCAGCUUUAUUGAGCUGUCAAAGCUUCUUUUGACAGCAUAGGUACACUAUGACAGAUUAAGUGGACAUUAACAAUAGAAAUCAUUUGGGGGAAAACCAUAAAAAAGCAGCUUUUAUGUCCUAACUGUGUGUCGCUUUUGGAAGUCGAGACAAAGCCCAGAAGACACUAAUUCAAGUAGUGAUGCUGAUGUAAAGGAACGCACAUCAGAGGUGAGGAUGGUGAGGGCAUGGGAGAACUAGAAGCUUUGGAGCCCAGAAGGCGGGACAUUGUCAGGGUAAAUUGAAAGAGAAGGAGUUAGAUGGAGAUUAGGUGCUAGAGGGACGACAAAAAUAAAAAAAAGUCAUUUGGGGAGAUAAAACUUGAUUUUUGUUUGGGGGUAUCCUUGAUUUAUCCAGCUAGACCGAGCAUGAAGUUGAUUAUAGAAAUGUUUUUUGUCUGUAUGUUGUAGUAAUUAAUAAUUUAAAAAAAAAGUGUAAUAGUGGUGUAAGAACAUAAUUAAAAAGUGACAGUACACAUGUGUGCAGAGGUUGAGAGUAUCUAGUAAAUGCAGCUUAAAUGCGAUGUUGACUGGCGUGAACUGAGCGAGGGGAUAGAGGGGGGUGGGUGCAGCGAGGCUCUGUGCAGAGAUGAAUACAGCUGUGCAGAGAGGCUGUGCAUGUUGCACAAACAGUAAAACAACCUGCAGCAGCAGCUCUCACAUCAAGAUCACACAUCUGUUCUUCCUUGUGGCUCAUUGACAACUGCAAGAAAAAAGAAAAAAAACUCAGGAAUCCCUGAAAAAGAGGUGACCGUUCUCUGCAGGAGGGGGACAUAGCAGGUGGAAGAUUUGGAAACAAAGGACAAGAAAAAAAAAAGGAGUGGAGGAAGAAAAUCAGAGGAGGAGUGCUGAGACGAAAGGAGGUGAUCCCAGCCUUCUGAUCCACAAUGUCUGCCCAGCUUCACCAGGUUCUUCUCCUCUGUCUGACCAUCACAAAAGGAUGGUGCAUGUUCCCCAACAACCAUUGGGGUGAAUGGAAUGACUCUCAGCUUCUACCGACAAUUCAGAAGCUUAUGAAGGGAUACAAUCGAUACCUCCGGCCUAAUUUUAAUGAGGGUCCCGUGGAAAUUGGAAUGAGCCUCGACAUUGCCAGCAUCGACGCCAUUUCUGAAAUCAAUAUGGACUACACGGCAACUAUCUUCCUCCGUCAGCGCUGGAGGGAUUCCAGGUUGGUGUUUCCCGGGAAUGAGAGUGUGAGCGUCGACGGGCGUCUGGUGUCCCUGCUCUGGAUCCCUGACACCUUCAUCCCAGACUCCAAGCGCUCCUUCCUGCAUGACGUCACUGUGGAAAACCGCCUCAUUCGGAUCUUUAGCAAUGGAACAGUCCUCUAUGCCUUGCGUAUCACUGCUACUAUUGCCUGUAACAUGGAUCUGACCAAAUAUCCCAUGGACAAACAGGAGUGCACGCUGCAGCUGGAGAGCUGGGGCUAUAACAUACAGGAUGUUGUGUUCUACUGGACCAGAGGGAAUGAUUCAGUGAAGGGUUUGGACACGCUGCGGCUGGCUCAGUACAGCGUCGAGAGCUACUAUACAUCAGUGUCAGAGGCCGUGUACGAGACAGGACAUUACCCCAAGCUGGUCCUGCAUUUUGCACUGCGUCGAAACGUCUUGUUCUUCAUCCUGGAGACGUAUGUUCCCUCCAUUCUGCUGGUGGUUCUGUCCUGGGUCUCUUUCUGGAUCAGCCAGUCCUCUGUACCGGCUCGGACCUGCAUUGGAGUGACAACAGUCCUGACGAUGACUACUCUGAUGAUGGGCGCCCGCACCUCCCUGCCCAACGCCAACUGCUUCAUAAAGGCCAUAGACGUUUAUUUGGGCAUCUGUUUCACCUUCAUCUUUGGCGCUCUCCUGGAGUACGCCUGUGCUCAUUUUUACACCAUGCAGCACCAAACCCUGGAAGAUCUCCACAGGGAGCUUCUGAGGGAGUUCUGCGAGUGGAACGGAAACGGCUCGAUCCCCAUCGUCGGGCCGAGCCAGCCGAACCAGUCAGCAGAGAUCGGCUCCACCGCAGAGGAGGCCACUGAGCAGUCAGUGAACAGUGACAUUAAGAAUCCUCCAGCAGCAAAAGAGAAAGUGCAGAGUCGGGGCUGCGGUCUGUCGUCUGUGAAGGAUGCGUCACGCAGAGCCGCUUCUGUCUUCAUCGUGGAAAAUCCGCACAAUAUCGAUAGUCACGCCCGCACCGUUUUUCCCACAGCUUUCCUGGUUGUCAAUAUCCUUUACUGGCUUUAUUAUCUCUUUCUCUGAGUUGGCUGUGGAAUAGUUAGAUUCAUCACCGGUUUAUCUUGGAUCAAAACCUUUUUUAGCAAACAGAUUGAUAAAAAGUUGCUGAAACCUAGUUCAGAACGGUUCUAAUAGUAAAAAGAAGCUGCUGUCUCUAUAUAUUUGCAUGUAGAAGUGAUGAUAAAGCCUUUGUUACCUGUUUACAAGUCCAAAAAGGAGCAGUGAACGUGUUCCUACCAGGCAGCUUGUGUGCUGUGCUGCAUUCAAAUGCCUUCAUUAAGUGACUCAUGUAGAUGUGCUCUUCUUUUCUUGCUUUGGCUGUAACACAU